AUGAAUGUCAAGGCGCUACUCCCCGUUUUCCGCGGAAGAUACGUCCAAGAGCCGAUCAACAAGGAAAGGGAUGAGAAUAUGGUAGGAGGAAUCGAUAAAUGCGAGAUUGUGCUGCAAGAGAAGCCGAAUAAAGGGCAAUGUCGACUUGUAGUCAAAUUAUUCUGUAGACAAGGUAUAAUGAAAACAUUUCGCCUGCAAUACGAAGAAGCGGAUAUAAUACAUGCUAGUUUCUUAAAGGAGUGGGCAGUCAACAAGUGGGCCAUCAGAGCUGGCGAAUUGAAGAAAUGGAUGGAACAUUUUGGGCCUAAAACAGAGCAUUUAGAGAUUGCGGCUGAUGAUGAAGAGCGGGUUAAUUUUACGAGUUAUACCCUAAAAAUAAUCGACGGUGCACAUAUUCUGAAAACGCCCUUACAAACCUCCAUUGAACUCGACCUCAUUGAAUUUAACGAAUUCCAAGUGGCCACGGACACUUCUAUCGCCGUCUCUGUAAAAGACUUUAAGUCAAUAGUGACCCACGCGGGCACCUUUGAACAUGUACAAAUACAAGCCGUAUAUGGCGAACCUGGACAGCCCAUGCAGAUAACCUACGACCAGAACGGUAUGUUCUGCGAAUUCACGCUUAUGACGCGGAAGAAAGGCGCUGCGGGACCAGCUGGGAAAGCAGAACCAGUGGCAAAGAUCAUGAGCCACAGAAGUGUCAUUCCUGGCAGUGGAACUGGGAGUGUAGCGAGGACGAGGGAACAAUCGAUUGCUUCUAGAAAGUCGGUUACACCUGCGGUGCCGCCGACGGCGUCAUUACAGCCUGUGGUUGCUGCGAGGGAUACCUCAAGAUCUGAAUCUGCACAGAUCGAGAUGCCGCCGCCACCAUUGAGAGUUACUCCUUUUGGCGGAUCUGUGUCUGCGGUGCCGAAUAGUAAGGACUCACCGUUGAUCUCGGGUACCCGACAAUCUUCAUUUGCAACCGGAAUUAGAGGGUCGUUACAGCCUCGGCAGAGUCAAAGUUUGUUUAUUAUGGACGACGACGACGACGUUUUUGGACCUUCACCAGCAGGAGCCGGUGACGAACAGUUUGAAGCAUUAUUGGAUGACCUUGAUGACGAGGAUGUUCUUGGGUGGGAUGCCUCUUUGGGUUCUGAGAGGGUUUCAUUCGUGGAAUUACAGGAAAGAGCGGUCAAUGCGGAUAAAGGAAAGGCGGUCGUUCCAAAAGAGAAAGAGCAGCGGGAGGGACGGGCAGAGGAGUCAGGGAGCUAUGUAGAAGCGACUCAGCGGAAGAAUGUGGUUAGAGGCCUGUUCGACGAUUGA